AACCUCGUAUCGAAGCCGUAUGCUGGUAAUGAGAAUCGCAUCAAAAGACCUUUGACAUUUGGCGCCUUCCGAAAGGGCACUUACAUGCAGUGCGACAUGCAGCUGCAGCAACCUUGAUCUCCAACGCGUGGGGUAAGCUGCAAUAAUCUACCAUGGUCAAGGACCCCCGCAUCACUCAAUGGACACGACAUGGCAUGCAUGCACUACGCCCUGGAAGCCACAUUUACAUUACACAAGCACAGCUGAAACGCCGCUCUCAGCCACAGCUCGCAGAUGGUCGCAUCCGCUCUACCCAGUUUCAUGCAGUCCCCAUAUGCACUCCGCAAUCGUUGAUGGUUCGAGCACAACACCGAAUCAUUGCAGACAUACGGGCGCCUUGUGAGGGAGUCAUUUCCAGCCAAGCAGGCAGCAAGGCACACCCACAGCAACUGCUGACCAAGCAACGCUUGCGCGUGGCUUGCGGAGAACCCGCGUCCGGAACGUGUCUGGUGUUCCCCCGCAACGGUGUUCCCGCUCGUAACCAGCUGCACGGAACAGGCUGCCGCGGACAAUUCCGGUGGCCCUCCAACCCGUGGUCUUGCUUUCGUCGAAUCUUGUGGGAUCGUAUGAGGGUGGCAUAGAUACUGAAUCGUUACUGCCUUGGCCGAGUAGCCUGUUCGGCACGAUCGCUAGUGCAGUGCGCUGGCAGCUGUGCGCGUGAACUGUACUAGGGAAGAAGCAACGGAAGCUAGACACGUCAACGUAAAUCUUCGAUGUCAAAUGCGACGGCUGCACCCGCCGAAGUAUGCGCAUGUUGCUCAAGCUCAGCCGAUAAGAAAA